UCUCUUGCCUCUGUCUGACACACGGCUGCUUUUUCCGGUUGAACUGUGGAUACGUGGCUGUGUUUCUUUCAAUAUUACGGGUACAGCCGUAUUCCACUGUCAGAACAGACCAUAAGUUAUAAUCGAGACAUUUUCAGUUUUUGAUACGACUGAAAAGUGUCCGUUACUGAGGUCAUUGACGGAUCAUCGCGUGAAAGGGGGCAGAAAUGGUGCUUUUAGCAGCGGCGGUGUGCACAAAGGCUGGUAAAGCCGUAGUGUCACGACAGUUUGUGGAGAUGACUCGAACCCGUGUCGAGGGCCUGCUGGCUGCCUUUCCCAAACUCAUGAACACAGGGAAACAGCACACUUUUGUAGAGACAGACAGUGUGCGCUACGUCUACCAACCCUUAGAAAAACUCUAUAUGGUCCUCAUCACUACUAAAAACAGCAAUAUUCUGGAGGAUUUGGAGACUCUAAGGCUUUUCUCCCGAGUGAUCCCUGAAUAUUGCCGUGUGCUGGAGGAGACGGAGGUUUCGGAGCACUGUUUUGAUCUCAUAUUUGCAUUUGAUGAGAUCGUAGCCCUGGGCUACAGGGAGAACGUUAAUCUGGCUCAGAUUCGUACUUUUACUGAGAUGGACUCGCAUGAGGAGAAGGUUUUCCGGGCGGUUAGAGAGACCAAAGAAGGGGAAGCGCGGGCCGAGAUGAAACGCAGGGCUAAAGAGCUGCAGCGAGCAAGACAAGAUGCUGAACGAUCAGGGAAGAAAUCCCCAGGCUUCGGAGGGUUUGGAAGUUCAAGCAUGAGCAGUGUCACGUCAGGAACCAUCAUCACAGACAUGAUAGAACCAGAGAAGCCUAAAGUGGCUCCUGCUGCUGUCAGGCCGAGUGGUCCGAGUAAAGCGCUGAAGCUGGGUGCCAAAGGAAAAGAAGUGGAUUUUUUUGUGGACAAAUUGAAAUCAGAAGGAGAAAAUAUCGUAUCAUCCAGUGCGGGAAGGAAAGCAUCAGAUGCUUCUAAAGUCCUUCAGCCUCCAGUGAACAUAGAGAGUGUACAUCUGAGGGUGGAGGAGAAGAUCACUCUCACCUGUGGCCGGGAUGGUGGACUGCAGAACAUGGAAGUUCUAGGCAUUAUUACUCUGAAAGUCACUGAUGAGAAAGACGGCCGUAUUUCUAUACUCAUCAACAACAAUGAUAAAAAAGGAGCCCAGCUACAGACACACCCACAUGUUGAUAAAAAGCUGUUCACCACAGAGUCUUUGAUUGGUCUUAAAAACCAGGAGAAGUAUUUCCCCCUCAACACUGAUUUGGGAGUUCUCAAGUGGAGGUUACAAAGCGCAGAUGAGUCUCUGAUUCCUUUAACCAUUAACUGCUGGCCUUCAGAAAGUGGAACUGGCUGUGAUGUCAAUAUUGAGUAUGAGCUUCAGGACGAGGAGCUUGAACUGAAUGAUGUCAUCAUUACUAUUCCUGUGCCGUCAGGAGUAGGUGCUCCUGUGAUUGGUGAUCUGGAUGGCCAGUAUAACCAUGACAGCAGGAAAAACAUUCUGGAAUGGACAUUGCCCAUCAUUGAUAAUAAGAACAAGACCGGCAGCCUGGAGUUCAGUAUAGCAGGCAAACCCAAUGACUUCUUCCCAAUCAAUGUUUCUUUUGUAUCCAAGCGCAACUUUUGUGACAUUCAGGUGGCCAAGGUUACAUAUGUGGAAGGAAACAAUCCUGUUAAAUUCUCCACCGAGACGUCAUUUGUUGUGGACAAAUAUGAGAUCCUGUAAAUGUUUUCAGAAGGAAGAAGUUCGUUUCAGACAGCCAGCGGAAAGAUUCAGAGGCCGUGCUGUACAUUAACAGAACUCUCAAAACUUCCUCUGCCGAGUGUUUCUGUAUUUCUGUUUGUCUGAGAAAGAUAACUAAUCUGGGUUUUAUAUCAACUGGAACUUCACUACUAGCACCUUCCAGCAAAGACAAAGGAGAUUGAAAUACAGCCUUGCACCUGUAGACAUCAAGGUAAGAUCAGUGUGACAUACUACAACAGGUGUCCCAAACCAUGAAACAAAAAAUACAUUAAAAACUGGAUUCUUGCACACUUCUUGUUGCAUGAUAAGAAACAAUAUUUAUACAUUUCUGUCAUUUCUUUUCACUCCUCAUGAAUCAAUUUGGCUCAAUGGCUAUUUGUUUUUUAUCACUAGAUUUUGGUGGUUCUCUAUAUUGGAUAAAACCUAAUAUUGAAGUACCACAUGAAUGUGCUUGUUCAAUGCUCUACCCGAAACUGACACUGCAUUAAACAUGCAGUUCAUUUUCAUUCAUAACUAAAUCUUUAAAACAGUAUCUGCUGUACAGCUGUUUAUUAUCAUGAAUAUAUCAUUGUCUACAUCAACAAGCACAAACAAUGCUAUUUGCCUUUUAGUGUUUUUUGUUUUGUAUUUAUGUAAUCCUUUAUUUGAAAUUAUAUAAACAAUGAUCGUUUUUUUCUGUUUUUGUAAGUAAUGUAACAGAUCAUUCGUUUAAAUGUUUUAUUGCUUUACUUUUUCUUACCUACAGCAUUUGGAAAAAUACAAAAAAUAUUAUCUCUCUGGCUUUAUGGAUGUUAUCAAGAACAGAUUUAUUUUUUGUAUUUUCAUGAGUAAAAUACAUUUAUCGGCGAACACUUAAAGAUGAUUAUAUUAGCAACUACAGAAUGCCAAGGGGAAGCAUACAACAUUCCAUUCUGCUGUAAAAUACUUGUGAAGACUUUAAAUGAAUAAAAUAAGUUUAAGUAAGA